AUGGACAACAACAACACCACCAGCAAGAAGAGGCACAACGCCUAUGCAACCCUCAUCACCCGCGACUCGUAUCUGCCAGGCGUCAUCAUCCUCGCCUACACCCUGCAGCGCAACCACUCAGCUUAUCCCUUGGUGGUACUCUACACGUCCAACCUUCCCCAAAAUGCGCGCAGGGUUCUGGAGCUGGAGGCUCCGAAAUGCAACAUGAUUCUGCGCGAGUGCGACUUUUUGCUGCCACCCAAGAAUAUCAAGAUGACGAUCAUAGCUGAGCGCUUUGUUGACACGUGGACCAAGCUGCGCGUGUUUGAGCUCUUUGAGUAUGAUGCUGUUUGUUAUCUGGAUGCUGAUAUGGCGGUGCUGGAUAACAUGGAUGUUGUCUUUGAGUGCGAGGAGCAGUUGCCGGAUGAUUGGCUUGCGGCGAAUCAUGUUUGUGUGUGUAACCUUGAUUCCGACUCGUGGGCGCCUGAGGAUUGGAAGGCGGAGAAUUGCGCGUAUACACCACUUUCGCAUCCCACAGCUCUCAAAGAGCCGUUGCAGCCAACAGCGACAUCUCCUUCGCCACAUAAGCUACUGAAUGGCGGCAUGUUCAUUUUCCAUCCAUCAGAAGGUCUUUGGGAUCGCAUGCUGCACGUUUUCAACACAACGCCUCAACUCUCAGAGUUCAUGUUUCCCGAUCAAGAUUUCCUGGCCUUCUUUUUCGAGAAUAAGUGGUAUGCGCUUGGAUGGCAGUACAAUGCUAUUAAGACGAUGCGAUACUGGCAUCCGAACAUCUGGAGAGAUGAGGAGGUGAUCUGUCUGCACUACAUUGUCGAUAAGCCCUGGGCGAAGAGGGUGGGAUUGGACGGUGUUGCUGGGUACAAGGGUCUUGAUGGUGUUACACAUUGCUGGUGGUGGCAGCUUUACCAAUACUGGGAGGAUGAGAGAACUUCUGAUGGAAUGGGAGGUAAUGAGGCAAUUGCGCUGUUGCAGAAGCUGAUUGCCCCGGCGUACACGAUGGAGAAUGGCUUGGGAUACCUCAACGUGGCUUUGCCUGUCCGAGCUUGA